UGGUUUAGGUCUCGGGGUUCUUAUGUUUAUUAUGUUUGGUUGUUAUGGUUUGGCUUUCUGGUAUGGUAGUAUUUUAAUUGUAAAUCAUGAAACGACUGGUCCUGAUAUUUUGAACGUUUUCUUUGCCGUUUUUAUCGGUGCUUUCUCCGUUGGUAAUGCCGCUCCUCAUUUCACUGCUAUAUCAAAUGCCAUGGGUGCCGCUACUAAGCUAUUUGAAGUAAUCGACCGCAUUCCUAAGAUUGAUUCGACUUCUCCUACUGGUCAAACUAUUCAAAAAUCUUCUUUCCAAGGUCGUAUAGAAUUUAAAAAUGUCUCGUUUCAUUAUCCAACUCGUCCGGAUGUCCCAAUUUUAAAAAACUUUAAUUUGAUUAUCGAACCUGGUCAAACUGUUGCAUUAGUUGGUAGUUCUGGAAGUGGAAAAUCUACAAUUGUUAGUUUAUUAGAAAGAUUUUAUGAUCCUAUUAAUGGAUCUAUAUUACUUGAUGGUGUAGAUAUUAAAAACAUUAAUAUUCAAUCAUUGAGAAGACAAAUUGGUUUAGUUGGUCAAGAACCUGUAUUAUUUGCUGAAACUAUUAGGGUAAAUGUUGGAUGGGGUGGUGAUCCAAUGGAAUCAGAACCAAGUUUGGAUGAUAUAAUAGAAUCUUGUAAAAAAUCAAAUGCUCAUGAUUUUAUAGAUGAAUUACCUAAAAAAUAUGAUACAAUU